UACACCAUCUUCCUUCAAAAAAUUUCAGCUUAAUAUUUUCAUUUCAAUAUGGCUCCCAAACGUAUUUUUCCAGGACUAUUUACCAAUCUUGAAAACUUCCAAAGUGAUCAAAAAAACAUCGAUAUUCAUGUACGAGCUAUACAUGUCUACCAUUUUAAUUCUUUUGGAAGAAAUGUGGAAUCAAUGAAAGUUGUGUUUCAUGAUGAUGAGUCACCGCAUCAAGGCCUUUCGAUCGAUUCAAGAGUUUUUUGAACACCGACUGCAAUACUUCUUGCUCAAGUGUUGAUACGACAAGUUUGGGGCAAAACAAUAGUCUCCUAUAUCAAAGUCAACUGUUGUCAAAACGUAAACGUGUUGAAAAACCAAUGGGAGAACUUCUUAGUACUUCUCGAAAUCAUCAAUCAGUUCUCAUUGAUGCGCCCUAUCCCUUCGUUUUCUUCCACUCUCUCCCCAAUUUAUAAGACAUCACCGGCAGCGUUUUCUCUGUUUCCACUCAGUGUAUCUCUCUUCUGAGUUCUGAUUACGAUUUCUUGGAUUAAAGGCGGCGGGCAGCUCCACUGAAGUCAGAAGAGCAAUCGCGUUACCGGUGAAACAUGGACGGCGUUCAGGGAAGCGUUUCCGCGGCGGCGGUCGGAAAUCCUCCGCCGCCUUUUCUGAGCAAGACGUACGAUAUGGUGGAGGAUCCGUCGACGGACGCCGUGGUGUCUUGGGGAAAGGGAAAUAAUAGUUUCAUCGUGUGGAACGCCCCCGAGUUCGCCAAACUCAUUUUGCCCAAGUAUUUCAAGCACAGCAAUUUCUCUAGUUUCGUCAGACAAUUGAACACUUAUGGGUUCAGGAAAGUAGAUCCUGAUCGCUGGGAGUUUGCUAACGAGGGAUUUCUCAGAGGCUGUAAACACCUCUUAAAGAGUAUUAUCAGAAGAAAGCCUUUGCAUCCGACAAUACCACAACCACGACAACCAUCGCCACUUCCUCCCUCUCCUCAAGUCCACCAAACUGAUCCGGUCAGGUCUCGUGUUGACGGGCUGGAGGAAGAGGUUGGCAUGCUGAAAAGAGAUAAGAACAUCCUAAUGCAGGAAUUUGUCAAGGUGAGACAACAGCAGCAAGUGAUGGAUCACCAGCUGCAGAAUGUUGGGCAGAAGGUUCAUGUGAUGGAACAACGGCAACAGCAAAUAUUGUCAUUCCUUGCCAAAGCGAUGCAAACCCCAGGGUUUGUGGCACAGAUGGUUCAUCAAAAGAGUGAUGGCUUGCUCAUUUCUGGGGUGAACAAGAAAAGGAGACUUCCGAAUCAGGGCGAAGAAAGUUUUAGUGUUAAGCCUGUUGCUGCUGCAUUGACUGAUGGACAGAUUGUUAGGUUCCAGCCUUUAAUGAAUGAAGCUGCAAAAGCACUGUUGAGGCAAAUCUUGAAGAUAAACUCAUCUGCUCGGCUGGAGCCAAACUUUAACCACACCAGUGGCUUCUUGACAGAUAACGCAGCAAAUCAAAUUUCUGAAGUCAGUCUCUCGGAGGUACUACUAGCAACGGCUCCCACAAGCCCCUAUUUGACUUCAGAAAUCACUCAGGUUCCGGAGAUGAACACAAUGCCUGGUUUUGUUGAUGACAUGGCCCCGGUCAUAUCAGACGGGUUUUCUCCUGACCCUGAGAUUGAUGUUUUGAUUGACGAGAUGCCAAAGCUUCCAGGCAUUAAUGAUGUUUUCUGGGACCAGGUUCUAUUGGCAAGCCCACUCACGGGAGGUACAGAUGAGACUAAUUCCAUUAUUUUGGAAGGUGGUGCAGUGGAAGAAGAUGAUGAUCUGACGGAAGAAGAGCUGGAAUGGGAUACAGUGAAGCGUGUGAAUGAACUUACUGAACAAUUGGAGCUUCUUGCUUCUGGGUCCCCAAACACUGCGUGACUAUGUACAUUCCUCCUCUGCAUGACCCUAAGGCUAGUUUUCUGGCAUGAAUAUGAAGAACCUGCUCAAGAGCUGCCUCAGUUUUUUGCUCUUUCCAUUCCUUUUCCUUGUAUAUUUCUCGUACUUUUUUUUGGGCGAUUUAUAAAAAAUGUUCCAAUGAGAAUGCAUUAGAAAAGAGAUGACUUUCAUGAUUUCCUCUCUUGUCAAAAAUACGAGUGAAUCUAUAUGAGCUCACUCAUUCUCUUGAAUGAUGAUUUACCGUCUUUUCUCAACCUUUCCCCCAGCCUUCAUCCAUUCACGCAUCUUUCUUAGGUUGUGAUAAAGCAUUUGAGAAACU